ACAGGUCAUACUUUCCCCCUUGGUCUUUUCCUGCAAUCCCAAAGAAGUCCAAGCUCCUUGGCAUCAAUCCACCUGUGGUUACAAUGUUCCAUUCUUGAUGACAACAUAAAUUUUCUCCCACCAGUUACACCCGCAAGCAAGAAGAGGAAGAGGAGACUCUGAUCUUCCUCCUCCUCCUCCUCUCCUCCUUUUGAGUUUCAAGAAUGGGUUCCACGGUGUCCACACAGGUACAGAAAAGAAAGGCCGUAUCAACCGAGAGGAAGGUCCUGUGUGAUCUCAAGGAAUCACGUGGCUGCGAUUUCCAUGGCUGCGACUACCGCCCGCCGGACAGGAAAGCCUGGAUGGCCGGCCUUGGCCCGGAGAAGCUCCACGUAAACCAGAUUGUUUGGCCCGGAACCCACGAUUCCGCGACUAACAAGAUAGGCAUACCCUUCGUGUCUCGCCCGUUCGCUCAAUGCCGCCUGUCCAUCUACCGCCAGCUCGUCCUGGGCACGCGCGUGCUGGACAUCCGGGUGCAAGAGGACCGCAAGGUCUGCCACGGGAUCUUGGUCGCCUACAGCAUCGACGUGGUGAUCCGGGAUAUCAAGAAGUUUCUAUCGGAGACCGAGAAGGAGAUCGUGAUUCUCGAGAUCAGGACUGAGUUCGGGCACCAGGACCCGCCGGACUUCGACAAGUACUUGGUUGACCAGCUAGGGGAAUUCCUAAUCCACCAGGAUGACCAUGUCUUCGGGAAGACAAUCCAGGAAUUGUUGCCAAGGAGGAUAAUCUGCGUUUGGAAGCCUAGGAAGUCGCCUCAUCCGAAAGCAGGUGAUCCUCUGUGGAGCGCCGGGUAUUUGAAGGACAACUGGAUCGACACCGAUUUGCCUUCGACUAAAUUCGACGGCAACAUUAAGCAUUUGAGCGACCAGCCGCCGGUGUCAUCCAGGAAGUACUUCUACCGGGUGGAGAACACAGUCACGCCAAAAGCGGACAAUCCUAUCGUGUGCGUUAAGCCAGUGACGGGCCGAAUCCAUGGGUACGCACGGCUCUUUAUAUCGCAGUGCUUUGCAAAGGGUUGCGCUGAUCGUCUGCAGGUCCUGUCGACGGACUUCAUCGAUGAGGAUUUUGUCGAUGCAUGUGUCGGGGUCACACAUGCCAGGAUCGAAGGGAAAGCAUGAAAUUCGCAGAAUUUUCUCGCUGUAUAUGCUGUGUGUAAAUGUCACGGUCCUUGUAUUGAGCUUGAGAUCUCCUUCCUGCUGCCAAAUCAUACAUCAGAGGUGACAGUUUUUUAUUUGGGGUCAGAUGGUGUGUAAGAUUUGUAUGGUCUUGAGUUGAUGUAUUUGUUUGUUCGUGGUUUAUUGUGUACAAAGAGUUGUCGGUGUAAUCAAUUAUGGCAUGAGAUAAAAAAGCAAUAGUACUCUCUGGAUAUUGUUGGAUUC